AUGUCUGCUUACUGCAAGUUCUCUUUGGGGGCUGAAGAGACUGAGGAGAAGAUGGAUGAGAACCCCUUCAAACUCCCUGUCCCCCCGGUGGGAGAGGAGGACAUUCCAGGAGAUGUGACCACAGAUAAAUCACAUCUUGUUACUCAUGGGAGUCUUCACACCAGAGAAGAGCCUUAUUCAUGUUCAAAAUGUGGGAAAUUCUUUAGAAGUAAAUCGAAGCUUUUACGACAUGAGAGAAUUCACACAGGAGAGAAACCAUUUUCAUGUUCAGAUUGUGGGACACGUUUUAGAUAUAAAUCAAAUUGUGAUCAGCAUAAGAGAACUCACACAGGAGAGAAGCAGUAUUCAUGUUCAGAAUGUGAUAAAUGUUUUACCACAAAAUCAAAUCUUGAUCAACAUAUAAGAAGUCACACAGGAGUGAAGCCGUAUUCAUGUUCAGAAUGUGGAAAAUGUUUUACCAAGAAAUCAGUUCUUGAUCAACAUAAUAGAAUUCACACAGGAGAGAAGCCACAUUCAUGUUCAGAAUGUGGGAAAUGUUUCACAGAAAAAAGAAAUCUUACUACUCAUCAGAGAAUUCACACAGGAGAGAAGCCAUAUUCAUGUUCAGAAUGUGGGAAAUGUUUUUCACUCAAACUAAGCCUUCGUCAACAUAAGAGAAUUCACACAGGGGAGAAGCCAUAUUCAUGUUCAGAAUGUGGGAAAUGUUUCACAGAAAAAAAAAGUCUUACUAAACAUCAGAGAAUUCACACAGGAGAGAAACCAUUUUCAUGUUCAGAAUGUGGGAAAUGUUUUACCCAGAAAUCAAGCCUUGAUAUACAUAAGAAAAUUCAUACAGGAGAGAAGCCAUAUUCUUGUUCAGAAUGUGGAAAAUGUUUUAAACAUAAAUCAGAGCUCAUAGAACAUGAGAGACUUCACACAGGAGUGAAGCCAUAUUCAUGUUCAGAAUGUGGGAAAUGUUUUACCCAGAAAUCAGGUUUUGUUCAACAUAAAAGAAUUCACACAGGAGAGAAACCCUAUUCAUGUUCAAAAUGUGGGAAAUGUUUUACAAACAGCUCAAGUCUUAUUCUACAUGAGAGAAUGCACACAGGAGAGAAGCCAUAUUCAUGUUCAGAAUGUGGAAAAUGCUUUACCAGGAAAUCGGGUGUUGAUCAACAUAGGAGACUUCACACAGGAGAGAAGCCAUGUACAUGUUCAGAAUGUGGGAAAUGUUUUACCAAAAAAUCAACUCUUAAUCGACAUCUGAAAAUUCACACAGGAGAGAAGCCAUAUUCAUGUUCACAAUGUGAGAAAAGUUUUGCAAACAAAUCAAGUCUUGUUCUACAUCAGAAAAGUCACACAAGAGAGAAGACAUUUUGAUGUUAAUACUAUUUUACAAGGAAAUUAAAUAUUUAAACACAUCAGAGAAUUCACAUAAGAAACCAUAUUCUUGUAUGGAAUGUGGGAAAUGUCAUAAGAGUGAAAAGUGAUGGAAUAGAAGAAAACAGUAAUAAUAAAUUCAAUUUGCAGUAAUGCACUGAGCAUGGCGGAUUACUGUUCAACAUCGUUAUCUUGCAGCGCUGGGGUCCUGUGUUUAAAUCUGACCAAAGACAUCUGCAUGGAGUUUGUAUGUCUUCCCUGUGUUUCCGUUGGGCUACCUCCGGGUUUUUUGCUUUCGUUUCCCACCUCAAACAUACUGAGAGGUUAAAGGCUUUGGCUGCUCUUUAUUUUUAGCAAUGUGCUGGAAACAGUCACUUACUGAUAUAAUGGCCCUGAUUUACUAAGGCAUCUGCACCAAAAAUCUAUUUCAAACAGUGGCACAGAAUUGGGACAUCUAGGGUUACUACACUUUUUUCCAACAUGCUUGAUGAGGACAGGGUUUAAUGGAAAGUGGGUGGAGCUUCACAGAAUAGGAUGGGGCCUAAAAUGUGUCAUUUGCACCAUAAUUUCGGCACAAUUCUUGCGUAAAAAUCUCUCAUAGUAAGCCAACCAGUAGUUGGUAUAGAGUCGGUGAAAAGUGUCUGUCCAUACACCAGAUUUAUCAUCCAGCAUGAGUCCCUCUGAUAAAUCUGGAGAAAGUCUAGAUGGCCUGUCUAAGCUUACACCAUCUUUAUGAUUAAUAAAUCUGGGACAAUGUCCUUAGAAGAUCUGCUCUAAAGCUCUUAAUAGUAUACUGCUGCCACUUGUGUACUCCAUCUGGCCUCACUGCAUGUACAGCUCUCCCGUCCUGAACAUGGUUGCUAAUGGGGGAGCGUGUGAGCAGACCAGUUUAUCAUCAGCAGCUUUCAUUGAAUAACACUGUGGAUGGAUUGGCAUAUGAGCAGCAUAUGAGCAGUCCAUGGUCAUGUUAGGACCAAAUAAAUGCCAUUUCCUUCAGUGGCGUUGAUACCUGGUGCUGCCUCUAUGUCAAAAAACAACCUCCAGCGGGCAUUUAUUAUAAACCUCAUUCACAGUACUUCAUAUCAGGAUUUGCAAGCCAAAAGAUUAAGACUUGGUUCAGAACCCGGAGAAUAAAUCUGCUAAUUGUACAGUUCUCAGGUUUUGUUCUCCUCCCAGUUUUAUCUUACAAAUACUGAUAGAAGAUACUGAGCAGAAUACACAAAUGUGAAUUAGGCCUUACUGUCUGCUGGUCUUUUGUAGGAGGAUUUGUUUUCCUACUCUUCCAUGGAGAACAUGCAUAGCCAGGUUCAGAUGUCCCCCAGCAUCUUCAUGGGAUUUAGAACCAUGAUUUUUCUUGGCCAUUCCAGGUCUCCUCCAUUGUAUUUCUGACCAUUUCUUGGUGGUGGGUUUCUUGCUGUGUUUAGGGUCAUUGCCCAUUUGUCAGGUCUACGUUGAGCUUUAGUCUUUCUGACAGAUGGUCUCACAUUGUCCUCCAGCAGCCUCUGGUACAAUGAAGAAUUCAUAGUGGAGUCUAUGAUGAUAAGCUGCCCAGAUCCUGAUGUUGUAAAGCAGUCCCAAACCAGAACAUUUCCAGACUAUAGUGUGCCAUCCUGUUGUUGUGUACUACUGACAAUUUCCCAUUUUUACAAAUUAUUCUUUUAUUUAGGUUUCCACUAGUGAAGUGUAUGAGCUUUUCCCCCUAGAGUGCAGCAUCUCAUCGUAACAGGAUUCAUAAUUCAUAAGCUGUCUAUGCUUGAGCUCCUCUUAGGGUUGUAGUGGGAGAUGACUGGUAGUGACGUAUCGGGGGACUGCUACUCCCUUUCUUAAGCAUAUGCAGUGCAUCCCUCCACCAGUAUAACGACAUGAUACAUAAAGACCUAAUUAAUAAAAUCCUCACCUCCACUGAUGUAAAGUACAAUACAUAGAAAGCCAUAAGGCUUACACAAAGGGCAACCAUUUGAAUUCACAGACAUCAUCUCUACCAAUAUCAACAGUAUGAAACUGGAAAACAGGAGAAGAAUAUUAGUUUUUUUUUACUCUAUAUUAAUAGUAUAAAUAGUUGAAAAUAGUGCACACUAUACUUGUGCCAUCAUUUGUAACCCUUUGUGCUUAUCGCCACUUUUCUGGGUGGUUUCCAUAUUUUCCCAGAAAUUGCAUAUAAUUGUGUCCUAAAUGUGUCCAUUGUGUCUUAUUAUUUUAUGUUAUCCUGCUCCAGAUCAUUGUUAUAUUACUGGAAUUAACUUUGUAAUCAUAUGACUAAAGACAGCGAAGAUAGGAGGUGAUAGUUAUGUGAUUCCAUUAUCUUCGUAGGAUUUGUACAUUCUGUGUGAUGCUAUCGAUUCUCCCAAUAAACCAUUUACUUCAA